UCUAGUGGCAUUUAAUACUUCUGAGGAUGGGAUUCCAAUUUCACAUUGGUUGUAAAAGUUGAUGUUUUGGUAGACUUUAGUCAAUUAUAAGCUUAAUAUGACUAGCUUUUGUCUUUUGUUAAUACAAAAAAUUAUUGUAGAUAUAUAAUUCAAUAAUGUGCCUUCACAACGAAUGAAAAUGGCGUAAUAUUGUAUUCUGCUGAUGUCAUCGAGUGACAUAAUCGUGUAACUGUUAUGAGCUUUUGACAGUUACAUAAAUAUAUAUAUAAGGCACAAAAACUAUAGACUAAUUAUUUCAAAUUUGUAAUAUGUAUAUCUUUUCAUUGCUUAGUCUUUUAUUAACUCUAAGAGUGCUCCGGGCAAAAUAAACAUAUAAUUUACCAACGAUUUAAACCGUAGCGUACCACGGGUGUCAACUAUUUGCCUAAAUGUGCUUGUCCUAUCGGUAAAAGAACUAAAUUUGACAAUGUGUGAAAUAUUCAUUUAUUUUACUAGUACCAUAAGUUUUUGGAAUAAUAUUUCUCUUCGCCAGUAAUAUAUGAAUCAGUUCAUGGUAUUUUUAUAAGUGUGGGAUUCAUUUUAUUGACGACUGUCUAAGUAUGUAUGCAAUGCACAACUGUAUUGUGGUAGAUUGUUAAAUACAGAAGAUGUUUGAUUACGUGUUGUAUGAAAUAUAGAAGACUGAUCUGUCAAUACGACCACUAAGAAUGAUCCACGCAAACAGAUACUGAACUAUAAGCUGCUGAAAUGUUUUGUUCUGAUGACUGUGGGGACACAAAUAAAAAUGCACGAGAGAUCUAAAACAAUAUAAAAUGUUGACAGACGUUAUCUAGGUUCAUUGCAGCUGGCUUCUUGCACAAAGUCAAAAAUGGGAAAUAACUGCUGCAAAAGAUCCUCUUCUGUCGACAUUGACGACGAACCCUUAAUCAGAGCUGUCAGAGGAGGUUGCUUAAAAACUGUUAAAAAGGUUCUAAGUACCAAAGACUAUGGAACAGUCACUAACGCCUUAGUCGAAGCUGCAUCAUUUACAAACAUUACAAUUUUGGAGUUCCUCGCCAAGAGAGCAGACGUCAACCUCGUCAACGCUAAAGGCCAGACAGCACUUCUCGAGGCAGUGACUUCCGGAAAUAGGAACAGCGUUCAACGGCUGCUGGAUGUGGGCGCUAGUCCUAACGUUUGCCAUCGUGACACUGGCGACAGUCCCCUGAUUUUGGCCACAAAAUUGGGAUUUACUGAAAUAAUUAGUAGUUUGCUUAAGGGUAAAGCUCAUGUGGAUUAUCUCAACAGUAUCAGCGACUUGAGUGCCCUUAUGGAAGCCUGUCAGUCAGGGAAAGAGGACAUUGUUAAUAUUCUGAUUCAAGCUGGGAAAUGUAAUGUGGAAUUACUUAACCAGAAAUUUGAAAACGCCUUAAUGUUGGCAUGUUUUUCUGGUCACAUGGGAAUAGUCCAGUUGCUCAUUCGAUUCAGGUGCAGACUUGACUGCGUGAAUAUAGAUGGAGAGAAUGCUUUGAUGAAGGCAGAAGGUCAAGGCCAUAAAAAUAUUGUCGAAUUUUUGGUGGAGCAAGGUGCUGAUGUUGGCGCCGCAAACAACGAAGGCUUCACGACUAUUGAGCAAUACUUAGUAGAGAAACGAUCUACUUCCAGUUGUAAGGUUAGCACUAGAGCUAAAGUUACGGGAGCAUUGAUUGGUGGACCAGCAGAAGUAGAUGUCGUGAGUGACAGUAAAGAUGGAGAGCUAAAAGAGAAGACGUUGAGAAGAGAACCCGCUCACGACGUAACCAACGGCGACUUCAAAGUUAUCAAAGACAAUAUCAUUAAAAUUAUUGACGUUAUUCCUGCUAGUGGUGCUAAGGACAUUAUCAACAGUGAUUCGUGUAAUGUCCUAUCUACCAACAUCCCUGACGACUCAAGCAAUAACUGUGAUACAUUAACCCCUUCAUCUCAUGUCCCUAAUAAAUCAAGCAAUAAAUGUGAGGGAAAUAUUAGCGAUAGCUGUGAUAUACUAACAACAUGUUCAGAAUAUAAGGACAGUAACUGUAACAGUUUGGAAAUCUCAACUUACAACAGUCAGAGUGCUUUAACCAGUCAUUACAAGCAGACACCGAUCUGCGACACUAUAGACAAAUCGACUGUUUUUUUUACUCAAUGUGAUGCAGAUAAAAACUGCGUUCCUGACACAAAUGCAGUAAGUACAAUUGAUACAUCUUCCAUCCUCAAACGUGAUUCAGUUUCCAGUGAAACAGCCUCUAGUGGUUUCUGUGAGACAACUUCUAGGGAUUUCUGUGAGACACCAUCUAAUGGGUUAUAUGAGACAGCUACAUGGUGUAAAACACCUGAUUUGUGUACAUCUCCUGAGCAAAGCAGCACUGACAUGUCGACUUUCAGCGAGUUCUCCACUCCGAACACUACAACAGAAUCCUCUUCACCACGUCUUGCUUGUCACUCCAAUGCUUCGUUACAUCAAGAGAAUGAGAUCAGCUCCCAGGCCUUAACCAAUGAAGAGACAAACACGAACCCGAGUUGCGAUGAAAGCAAACCAUGUCUCAAAGGAAACUGUUCUAGAUCCAAAACAUUCCCAAGAAGAACUAAGCCGCUUUGGAUUAAAGAUGAGCCCCCCGUGAUUGACCCUUCACAAAAUGCUAUCCUUGAUACACGUAGCGGCGUUUCAAAGGACCAGAGACCUUACAGCAGUCCAUCUACCAGCACGAUGGACCAAACGGAACCCACUGAGAAAAGUAACAAGCAAAAGAAGUGCAAAAAGACAAAACGAACGAAAAUUAUAGUGUAUGCAUCUGUCGCAAAUGUAAAUACCGCUAAAACAGUUUUAAUUAAUGGCAAUGAUGAUCACAUCCGUCACAGCUCAUCCACAGAAACAGAUGAAUCGUCGGAUUAAGACGUUGCAUCAAAACAGAAAAUAAUGACGUCCUACGCGUAUUGAUGUGUUCAACAAGUCGUGCGGGUUACUUCAGCUCUAAGUCUUUUUUUUUUCUUGGCCGAUUCAGGAAACAAUGUCCAUGUUCUAGGGGUAGUAUAGAAAUGGAAGCAUUUGUACGACUUUGUCCUAGCAUAUAAUAUGAGAACUGUGUGACUCUUUUCUAGGCAACCUACGUCUUUCAUUCACACUGUCAAACAUUUUUGUUCUAAUUGAAGGUAGGACUGUCAUCAAGAUAUUUCUUAUCAUGCUUUAUGUUUGUUUUAGUUUUUGAAUAAUUCAAAUAAAAUUGUCUAAUCGGAAUAGAACUACUGGGUACCACUGCUUCAAAAUCUUUGCUUUGCUUAUAAUUCUGCUAUAUAUUUUACAACUGACUCAAAACCUUUGCUUUAUAUUGUACCACUGCCAUUAGUUGAAGCCAUUUUUUUAAUAUACGCCCUACCAAUGGUAAAAAAAUUGUUUACAUUUAUACUACAGGUUCAAAUUUUGUCUCAUAAUGUAUCAUAAAUUCAAAUUUAUCUUAUAAUCUACCAAUGGUUCAAAACAGGUUUCAUAACCUAGCCGUGGUUUGCUAUAUAUUUUCUUUUAAUGAUGUACAACUAAUGAACCAAAUCUUCGCUUUAAACUGUAAAUCUACCACUGGUUCAAAACCUGUUUUAUAAUGCAUCACUAGUUUAAAAAAAACACUGACUUUAAACAUAUAAAUAUCUGAGUGAUUUAUGUUCUGGUCAAAUCUGGAGGUAGCCUUUUUUUUUUACUGCACAUUGUAAUUCUCAAGAAAAGAAAGACUAAGAAUAAAUAUCAUGGCCAUGAAAUAAUUGAUUUUUACAUUUGCUAGUCUGUUAUGAUUAUUAUAUUUUUGUCAAGAUUUGUGCUGUUAUGAGUAUUAUUUUUGUCAAGAUUUAUGCUGUUAUGAUUAUUUCAUUUUUGUCAAGAUUUUGAAAAAGGUUAGUCCUGUGAUUAUUUUUUUUUAAAUAUUUAAUUUCAGGAUAACAAUUUUAAAAAGUGAUAAUUUUAAGAAGUUAAUUAUCAAAGGGAAGAUGAGGAAAAAUCAUUUUCAAUUGUUUUCAACAUCCUUUUCUCAAAGAGACUAAUAUAGACAGAGCCAGAGCUAGAUUACAUAGAAGAUGUAGGCCUUUAGAAUGAAUUGGGCACAAAACUGUCAUCCAGACAGUGCAAUUAGAGUCCUAGAGACGGGGUUCACUAUUCAUUAUCAAUCUUUCUUUUUUUAAAGAGGACAAAUAUAUUGACAGGACUAUUAUUUAAUCUAUAUUUGUAAAUACUGUAAAGUGAGAAUCUCUGCAUUAUUGAAUAAUGAUAUUAAUUAGAUCUGUAUAGCAACCAAGAGAAUAGAGAUCUUUAGCAUCCGUCCACUCAUUGUCAGCUACAGUCAACUUAUGGAAUCCUUCUUUAUUUAUACUAUUAGAUUUAACACUGCUUUAAAAUUUCUUAUUGAGUAUAACAUUACUGUUGGUCUAUUACAUGGCAUCAUUAUUAUGUGCCAAAAUAAUAAACCUAAUUAUUCUGUGAUAGCAUUAUGGCCUUCUGAUCACAUUAGUUGUUUGUUUGUUUUUUACAUUGUGUUAGAACAAAUUAAUGUACACUCUGAUUCUUAAAAUAGAAUAUAUAUAUAUAUAUAUAUAUAUUAAUAAAUGUACUUUGAAUU